CGGCCAACAACGCCGGCUCGGAUAGCUGUGGACGGGAAGCGGAAACUGGCUGGAAGAAGCGGAAACCGGUGAAACCAUAGCCCAGAGUGGGGUGGGGGUCCAAAAUGACUAAAUAUAUAAAACAUUAUAAGGAUGUUUGUGACGCAGCCUCGACAGCAAUGCCAUCGCCUCCAUGUACCAAUCUUCUCUAGGAUUAUCUCGCUGCGCCGGUGCCUUAUGACCCAGCCAAGAGUCGGGACCUCGCCCCUGGCCUGGCGGCUGCCCCGUGUAGUCGAAACCACACUUCAGAAACCAAGCCUGGUCGACCUGCAGCGGGAGCAGCUGAACCCUUUUGGAGAGGACUACCGCAUUUACCAGCAGAAUAUCGAUCUGGAUGCGUUUUUUGGCGAGGAACCCAAAUACGAAAAGGUCUCCGAUGUUUGCCUCCUCAAUGAUCACUUUAUUUUGGUGAAGAUGCCUCCCCCUGAACCGACGCCUCCUCCUCCGAAGUCAAAGAUCCCCCGAUGCUUCAAGUGCAACCGCGGCAGCCGGGUUUCGCCCGUUCAGGAGGAAGUGGAGGAUGAUGCGACCAGUCCACAAAAGUCUGGCUGCCUGCAACCCUGGUCUUCCCGCGACCAGGAGGAGAUUGAGGAAUUCGAUUCUAGCACCAGACUGACAAGUGGGACCAACCCAGUGGACCAGCCCGCUUCCGUGAUAGUUGAGCAGCCGCAUCCUACACUCCAGCUGGAGGCUAUUCAAUCGACAGCCCCUGAAGGUGCCCUCCAGGUUGUUCCCAUCAGCCGGGGACCGCUCCACUGGUUCCUCUGGCCCUUUCGCCGGCGCGAAACCAAACCCCCACUGGCCGCCGUCCACAAGACCUACUUUGUCCGCUGGACCAAGCCUCCGGAUACGCUCUGGCCAGGAUUCGGAGUGGACAGGACGGAAGAAAGAAAAUUUAAACUACGACGAUGUCGAUCGGCUGUUUUUUGAACUAUCCUGGAAGUACAUCAUUUCUUGUAUAUAUUUUCUACGCAAAGUAAUAUAAGGGUCCAUAUCGUAGGAUAAUAAUGGUUUCAAAGUAUUUCUUAAUAAUAAAUGCGAUUUAAU